ACACCAACUUCCAGGUUUCACGUUAUGCCUGCAGGCAGUACAGUGUCAGCUCAACCAUCAGCAUCAGCGCUGUGGGGAAAUUGGAAGUCAGUCCUACAUUCCAGAGGUAUCUGAUGAUAUUCUUAGCUCGGUCUAUCAGUCGUCAGAUCGAGUGGUUGCAGGUAGUGCUAGCUCCUUCUAGAACUAGCCGUCCUUUUCAGGCCGUUUAGUUUUUGGAAGUAUUUGAUUCCUUUCGUCGUCCUUUGGGCUGUUUCUUGGACGUCCAGCGUACAGGAAUUAAAUUUCCACCUGCUCCUAGUUUCGCCAUUCAAAUGGAGCGGAGACCGCCUAACCUGUCGCCCAGUUCGCCGUCCAAGUCGCAUGGCCGUCGCAGCCGGCCGUGGUACAUGCACGUGCUCGGCGAGCACUACCAGGGGGCGUACCUCCUAGUCGGCUUCCUCGUAGCGUCGGCCAUCUUCUCGAUGCUGCCCGCCGGCUAUCCGCGACCGUCGCCGUUAGAUACGGGUUCGUCAACCGUCGGCGACGGCCACGCGUUCUUCUCGGGCGUCCAGAGCUCGGCGGCGAGCAUCUACCGUCCCAAGGAGGCGGAUCAUCUCUUCGUGGGGAAGAUUCCUCUCGGCGUUCGCCGCACGCCGCUGCGAAUCGUCGUCACUGGCGGUGCUGGGUUUGUCGGCAGCCACCUGGUGGACCGCUUAAUGGAGCGCGGCGACCACGUGAUCGUGGUGGACAACUUCUUCACGGGGCGCAAGGAGAACGUGCAGCACCACUUCGGCAAUCCGCGCUUUGAGCUCAUCCGCCACGACGUAGUAGAGGGGCUGCUGCUGGAGGUGGACCAGAUCUACCACCUGGCGUGCCCUGCGUCCCCCGUGCACUACAAGCACAACCCCAUCAAGACCAUCAAGACGAACGUGGCGGGCACGAUGAACAUGCUGGGGCUGGCGAAGCGCGUGGGCGCGCGCUUCUUGCUCACCAGCACCAGCGAGGUGUAUGGCGACCCGCUGCAGCACCCGCAGACCGAGGAGUACUGGGGCAAUGUCAACCCCAUCGGCGUGCGCAGCUGCUAUGACGAGGGCAAGCGCGUGGCGGAGACGCUGACGAUGGACUACCACAGGGGGGCGGGCGUGGACGUGCGCAUUGCACGCAUCUUCAACACGUACGGCCCACGCAUGUGCAUCGACGACGGGCGUGUGGUCAGCAACUUCGUGGCUCAGGCCUUGCGCAAGGAGGCGAUGACGGUGUACGGCGACGGGAAGCAGACGCGCAGCUUCCAGUACAUCGACGACCUGGUGGAGGGGCUGAUGCGCCUCAUGGACGGCGAGCACGUGGGGCCCUUCAACCUUGGCAACCCGGGCGAGUUCACCAUGCUGGAACUGGCCGAGGUGGUGCGUGAGGUGAUCGACAAGUCGGCGAACAUUGCCUUCCAGGAGAACACAGCGGACGACCCGCACAAGCGCAAGCCCGACAUCACACGCGCCAAGGAGCUGCUGGGGUGGGAGCCCAAGGUGGCGCUGCGCCAGGGCCUCCCGCUCAUGGUGGAGGACUUCCGACGCCGGCUGUUCGGGGAGGUCAAGGAGAGCCGCCAGAGCAUUGCCGCACAGGAGGAGGCGAAAUGAGGGGGGCUUGGAGUGGAUGGGAAGGGUUGUGAUUGUAUGCUGUCAGUUGUAGGGAGCGUGAGUGACUAGCUAGACGCAUUGUGCCUGUUAGCUGACCCGUAGUCAGACCCUCAUUUCUAAUACUGAAGCACCCCCUUGGGCCUCAGGGCCGGCCAACCCUUUGACAAGACAACACCCCUGGGCUUUGUACUGAUUGUAGCAGGUUUUACACAACACAUUCGUGAGAACC